AUGAAAAGGACUUACCCUGAUCAAGCUGAAAUGAUACUGGAAGAGUCACUCAAGAUGGAAAAGACCAACCUUGAUGGUGGUCGAGAGUUUCCUCAGGCAUUCUCUUCUGCCACAACCACUGGUGAGAAGAGGAAGAGGGAAGGAUUGGUGAGAAAAGAAGGAGAAACAAGAAACAGCGGCGAGACUGAAGAAGUUAUUUUUGUUGGUGACACUAAAGCUUUAAAAGAGUUUGGCUUUUAUGGAGGAGAGCAGUCUCUGAGGUCUGUGUUUAGCAAGCGACAGGCUUUCGAUGUGCAAGGCAACAGUAAUCUUAAAGGGUCUUUGGAAAAGGAAGAAACUGGAGAAGAACCAGAAAGAGCAAAACAUUAUUCAAAUUUUAAUGACUUUAAUAAGCUGAGGGAAGAAAGCAGUUUUGCAGUUGGUCAGACAUGGGCUCUUUAUGAUACUGAUGGGAUGCCAAGAUUGUAUGCUCGGAUCAGAGAAGUUUUAGUUCCCGGUUUCGGUCUUAGUGUCACAUGGCUUGAGCCUGAUCCAGACGAGAAAGAAAUGAAGAGGUGCCAAAAAGAAUUACCUAUUUCUCUUGGUAAGUUUAGGCUUGGGAAAAACGAGAAUAUAGAAGAUCAGAGAAGGUUUUCUCAUGUGGUUCAUUGCAAUGAAGGAAGUAACACAGGUAAAUUCAGCGUAUACCCAAGAAAAGGAGAGACAUGGGCAGUCUUCAAAGGUCGCUACAAGUCUCUCUGUACGAACUGGGACAUUGACUGGUCAGCUGAUCCUGAGUCUCACAAUAAAUAUCAGUAUCUAUUUGUCGAAAUCUUGUCAGACCAUGAUCACGGAUCUUCACCUGUUGGAUUCUUGCAUAAAGCAAAAGGUUAUUUAAGUGUGUUUUGUCGCUUUACUGAGGAAACUGAGUCAUGUUACGUUCAUCAUAAUGGUAAUUAUGAAAAUCAAUUCUCCCACCGUGUUCCAUCAUUCAAGAUAACGGGAAAUGAAGCGGAAGGUGUGCCAAGAAUUGCUUAUGAGUUUGAUCCCGCAGCAUUACCAGAAAAUAUCAAAGAGAUUGAUGUCCCUCUACAUCUACUAGCAGAGCCUACAGUGCCAAAUUCUGAGAAUUCGCAAUGUGUUUACUUCGCUAGCAAAGGAAUAACUUUUGAAACUGGCCAGAUCUGGUCAUUUUGCAGUGGUGACGAUUACUUGCCCCGGUACUAUGGCAAGAUUCAGAAAAUCACAUUUGUUCAGGCGUUUGCGCAGGAUCCGGUGGUGAAAUUGCAUGUAGGUCGGCUAAAGGCUACACCUAUCAAAGGUGUCAUCCAAUGGAUUGACAAGAAAAUGCCCACUGGCUGUGGGAAUUUCCGGGCAAGAAAAGUUCUCGAAAUAUUCACUGAUCUUGAUGUGUUUUCGCGUCAGAUAAGCCUAGAUUCCUCUGGAGAUGGAAAUGAUUACAGCAUCAUGCCCAAGACUGGUGAUGUCUGGGCAAUCUACAGAAACUGGAGUAAUGAGAUUCAAGUCAUUGGUUUGCAAUCCCAAACUUAUGAUCUUGUGGAAGUUCUUGAUGAUAAGUCAGACUACAAAGUUUUGCUGUUGGCCCCUGAUGGUGGCUUUAAGUUUGCCAGUUCUGCAGGUUUUGGUUUGGUGUAUACGGCUGCAAUUGAGCAUUGGAUUGAUGGCGCCGAUGUGAGAUUCACAAUCCCGAAAUCUGAACUGCUUAGAUUCUCGCACCAGGUUCCUACUUGUAGAGUAACCAAAGAGAUACAUGGAGCUAUGCAAGAAGUCUAUGAGCCUAGCAUUGAGGCAUUGCCUGUUAACUUGAUUCUAUGA